AUGGCUGAAAAUGAUAUAGCUAUAAAACGUGGUGGUGGCUAUAUUGGUGUGUUUGGUCCUCGUAUUGAUACUAUGGCAAAUGAAGUUGCCACUGCUGUUAGUAUGACUACAGUACCAUCAUCUCCUUAUCAUAUAACUCUAAUAACUAAAGAUGAAUUACGUCAAUUAACAACAGAUUUAUCGAAUAAAAUUGAUGAUUUAUAUGAUAAUGCAACAAAAAUUGAUACAAAAUAUAUAUUUUCUCUUGGUCUUGGUGGUGAUCCGAAAAGUGUUUGUUGGGUUGUAAUUAUUUGGAAUGCAGGAAAUAUUUUUCGAAAAAAAUAUGGUCUAUCUUGUAAACAAUUUCAUAUAACAUUAAGUGAUAAUGAUAAUCAUUCACUUGAUAAAAGUCUUAAUUCAUUAUGUACAAUAUUUUCAGUUGAAAAUCUUAAUUUAAAUAUAAUUGAUCAUCUUGUUUUAUCAUAUAAUUUAUCUGAACAAUGUGAUCAAGCAUUUAUUUAUGCACGAGAAAUGUGUACUCGUUUUCCUGAUUCUGAAAAAGGUUGGUUACGUUUAGGUGAUAUAGCACGACGAAAUGAACAAUAUAAAUUAGCAAUGUUAGCUUAUGCACAAACUAUGCAUCUCGCUAAUGGACAAGGAAAUGAGAAAAUUCAAGAUUAUUGUUGUAAAAAAAUUUUUCAUUGUGCAUCAAUUUAUACCGAAUGGGAAUGUCUUUUUGAUGAAAAUGAAUUAGAUCAAAUUCCAGAAGAAUUAAAAAUAAAUUUAUUUACACCAUGGACACAAAUAAUUCGACAACAUUUCAUGAAUAUUUAUAUAGAUGAACAACCACAAUUUCAUCAAAAUCCACGUGAACAUCUUCUUGUGCCGUUUAUUGAUCCACGAAGAAAUCAAAAUUUAGGUAGAUAUUAA